CGAGGGGCGUGUCCCAUAGUGAGAUACCUCACUCAUAUAUCAGAGAACCUUGGUUAAUUUCUUAACCCUAAGUUUCAGGAUGGCGGCGACCAGACGGCUAGUGAAGGAACUCUCUGAAAUCCGCAGUUCUGGGAUGAAUAACUUCCGAAGCAUUCAGGUUGAUGAAGCAAACAUAUUGUCAUGGCAAGGAGUCAUUGUGCCUGACAACCCUCCCUAUGACAAGGGGGCCUUCAGGAUUGAGAUCAUCUUCCCUGCGGAGUACCCCUUCAAGCCCCCCAAGAUCACCUUCAAGACCAAGAUCUACCACCCCAACAUCGACGAGAAGGGCCAGGUCUGCCUGCCCGUCAUCAGCGCCGAGAACUGGAAGCCUGCCACCAAGACGGACCAAGUGAUCCAGUCCCUCAUCGCGCUGGUCAACGACCCCCAGCCGGAGCAUCCCCUCAGGGCCGACCUCGCAGAGGAAUACUCAAAGGACCGGAAAAAAUUCUUUAAGAACGCCGAGGAGUUUACAAAGAAACACGCAGAGAAGCGACCAAUGGACUGAGCCUCGGCCCCGGGCCCCUCCCCCCCUCUCGCUCUGUCUCUCUCUCACCCGCCCAACCAAAUAUCCUCCCUCCUCCUGGCCUCCCUGAUGCACCCUGCUCUCACCUCACUCUGUCUCCUCGCUUUCUCUCUCACUGUCACCUCACUGUUUAACCCUCUCACCCUCCCCCUCUCUCUUACCUCACUCUCCCCCUCUCCCCUACCUCACCCUCUCUCUUACCUCACCCUCUCUCCCCACUCUAACCUGCCCCCCUCUCCCCCCCACCCCCAGGACGGUGUUGUAUAACUCACCAUGCUGUGUCUAACUUUCUACUGUUGAAUUAAAAGCACGGAACCUGUUGUAGAGCGCCUCCUGUGAGUGUUAGAGACAGCCGUGUUUCUGGCUGUUGUAGUCCUCACGCAUAGCCCUGUUGUAUUUUAAACUAUGAUUCCCUUCCCGCUCUCCCGGAGCCCGUAUGCUGUCCCUGGCCCGGUCCAGAGGGGGAGGCCCCGGGAGCCGGCUCUAGAAGACCCUGAAGGGACAUCCCGUCCCCCCAGGGCCCUCGUUAAACACUCCCCCCGCUGGUCCACGGCUGUAUGCUUGGGUUUCUGUGCCAAAUAAAACGGCACUGAGCAAUCUGUGAGACGUGAUUCCGAUGGUUUUUGUAGAUACAUUUGUUUGGGUGUGUAGUGAUUCUAGGCCAGGGUUUCUGGACGAGUGAAGGCAUUUCCUUUAUCCCUCAUCUACUUCCUUUCACCGUUUACUUUAAAUUAUUUUAAUUGGCUUUGGGUGCCCGAAUGUUUUGUCCUUCUGUGUCUGCUGAGACCGCCCCACGACCCAGUAGACCCCCCCCCUGCUGCCUGCCUGGGAGCCACAUGACCGGACUCUGAGGUCCCCCCCCCCCCCCCCGGGAUGUCUGUCCAGGUGUUGAGAGGACGGGGACAGACCCCCCCCCUGUGAGCCGCUCUGACCCGGUCCGCUCUGGUUUCAUAAUAAAGAUGACCCCCGUUA